CAUUGGUCGAGCUCAAAUGGCGCCAUAUAUGACUGACUGUUGUACAUUGCAUUUGUCUAGUGACUUGUAUAACGAUGAAGAGAACUCCACGCCGACGGAGUGCGUGUAGAUCGUGUAUUUCUGAAGGUACACUUUCUGACAUAUCAUUUGCGUCUACAAAGUCUACGCCAUUAUCCACAAAUGAAAGUCUGUUUAAAAAGCCAGAACUAUCCAGCACGCAGGUUACCGCAGCUCUAGGUGGGAUGCAAAUACAGCAUCUAAAUCGUGAUAAAAAAUUUAUGUUAGUUGAUGCUGAUGACACUAUAGUCUAUAGCUAUAAAGAAGCAUGUUUUGCUGAGAAGACACAGAGGAAAGAAAAAGUAACAGCGCAAGCAAUAACUGGAAUUAACGGUGUGAAAGGAAGGUUUAGAGACACUGUGAAAUGCAAACUAGCAACCAGCUGCAUCAGUUCACUUUUCUUGUUGUUGAUUAUAAUGUUUCUUUACUAUGGUAUCUCAAAUUUUGGGAAGAACGUAUCAGAAAUUCGGCCUUUAACAGAAUAUUUUAGAAAAACGUUUGCACAGGAGAGCGCUGUUCCUGUUGAUGGCACAGAUAAAGUCAUAGCUGAGAACCACGCUGACAAUGUUAUGAAAUCUGCUAUUAAAAGUAUUCUUGUUGUCAAUGAAAGACUGUAUAAAGAAGUGGAAUUUUGGAGGAGACAACAGUUAGCAUUUAAAACAGAUUUAUCAAAGCUGAAGUUAUUAUUCAAUUUAAUGAAGCAGCCGAAGGAUGAUGUCACUGUGGCAAUGGCUAAGAAGAAAGACUCCAGCUCUAAGGAGCAGUCAAGCAGUUGCUGUCUGUGUUCCUGUGAUGAGUUGGAAAUGCCUGAUUUUGCUCUUGAGUCUUCAGGUGGAAAUAUUAUAUCAACACCCCAAACAGAGACUCUUCAGCCUGAUUCUUGGUAUUAUGUACUUGGCCUUCCUGUGUGGAGGCAUACCAAAUCACCUCGUUCAAUAAUUCAGAAUUCAGUUGCUCCAGGUGAAUGCUGGCCUUUUCGGGGCACCAUUGGAUCUGUGGUGAUACAGCUAGCUGCUCGUAUAACUAUCACAGCUGUGUCCAUGGAGCAUAUAUCAGCUUCCAUGUCUCUAACAGGGAAGGUUGAUUCAGCACCGAAGACAUUCAGUGUAUUUGUAAGAAAACAGAAUGAAUUUAUACAUAUAAAACAAUAA